UUGCCAAACAAAUGGAUAAUACAAUUAUUGGCAUUAUUUUCAAACUUUUAUUACUAUUGAUUGGCCAAUCAAUUGCUCAACAAUUUGAUAAUACUCUCUGUCAAAGUGAGGGAUUUUUUCGGGACCCCAAAGAUUGUGUCCAAUUUUAUCGAUGUGUUCCCGACGAGACAGCCGGUAGACUUCGUAUAUACCGUUUUGCUUGUCCUCCCGGCACUGUGUUUGACGAGAGAAACUCGGUGUGCAAUUGGCCUCAUUCGGCACCGCCAUGUGAUGCAUCAUCACCUGCAACACUACCACAGAACCAGUACAAUGGGGUUCAAUCAUCAGCAGUGGCUAACGAUCCUAACCUAAAUGGCCAAUCAUAUGCCAGACCUCAGAUGCGUCCUGAGGACAGUUAUUACUACCAACCGGUCGGACAACCGGCCGCUUCCUCUGGUGAUGUUACCUAUGAACUCGAGCCACUCGACCAAUCUGUUAGAUCGCCCGCAUCGGGUCGCUCACAGCGCUCACAAAAUACUGCCCGACCGCGAGCUCAGCCCAAAACAACUACAACUGCCGCACCAUUACUGCCAACAAGUAAUGCAAACGAAAGGUUUCCAAACAUUAGACCACAAGACCCGUCGCGUUAUUUUUCGCCGGCACCGGACAAUACUCAAUCCGAUGAUGACUGGGCUCAACCAUCACCUAAGGCUGAUGGACAGGGAGAUGGUUCACAAAAUGAUCGGAUUAGCCAACAAAAAGAUGACAACUUAGAGGACACAGAUGUCCAACAAAAAGAACAGCAACAACAACAACAAGAAGAAGAUGAUAGCGACAGUCACUCAGAUGCCAGUCCUUCAAUGAAAACCACUGCCAAACCGCCGACAAAAACUGCCACAAAACCCAGUGCUAAACCGCAAACUAAAUCUAAACCGCAAACCAAAUCUAAACCUAAACCACAAUCGCAAACAAAACCGGCUACAAAAGGCAAGCCGACCAGUGAUGAGGCGACUAAAGGAAAGACCAGAUCAAAACCAAAGCCUACUCCGCCAGUUAAAUCACCGACAAAGACAAGCACUGCCCCUAAAAAACAAACUACAACUGCCAGUCCUAGUGCUACACCAAUGACUUCAACUAAUGCUGCCACUGAUGCUGAAGAAGAACAACAGACCACUACUACAGAAACUUCCGGCGGUUCUGAAGAUGAAGCCACAGAAGUACCGAAAGAGACACAACAAUCGGGCGAACAGAUUAGUCAAGCGAAGGAUACGGAUGACGAAGAUUUACCGUCGGCCGAUGAGGACUGUAAUUGUUCGCCAGUACGGCGUAUAUAUCAGUGCCGAACAACCGGUUCGUUUAGAGAUCCAAAACGAUGUAAUAUGUUUUACAAGUGUACCGAAACUGAUGGAGGAUUCAAUGCCGAUCAAUACGAGUGCGAUGAGGGUAUGGUUUUUGAUGAAAAAUCAGGGAAAUGUGAUAAGGAAUCGACCAGUAAUAAGUGUCCUACAAAAAAGGCUACCAGUGCUCAAACAGAUGACAGCAAAAAGGGUGGUGUGUUAGCCCAGCAAAAGGAUAAGCCACGGUUCACACCCAGACCUACUGCCAAACCAUUGUCAAGAUCCUCUGAACCGACUGAAGAUGAAGAAGAGUCAACACCAAGCGAUAGCACUGAUAGUUCUACCGAAGCAACGACAGAGUCGUCAACCCAGACAUCACCAGAAACAACAUCAGAAUCAACUGAAACAUCUUCAACUGAAUCUUCAACUGAAUCUUCAACUGAAUCUUCAUCUGAAUCUUCAUCUGAAUCGUCAACAGAAACAACAUCUGAAGCUUCCACCACAAAGUCAUCUGAGGAGACGACUACAUCUCAGUCCACGGAUACAACUUCCAGUGAUGAACCGUUAGACAGUACAAGUGAACCAUCGACUGAGACAACAUCCGAAUCAUCUACCAGUACGUCAACCGAAAGCAGUACAGAGCAGUCAUCUGAGUCGCCGACAUCCGAGUCAACAGAAUCCUCAUCUGAACCAACAACUGCCAGUCCUUCAAGUGAAUCGACAACAGAAGCAGCGACUGAAACAACAGAAAACGAAAGCUCGUCAAAGACCACAUCUGAAGAAUCGUCAGAUAAAACAACUACUGAAGCGUCGAGUGAGACGACCACACCUGCAAAAGAUGAAGAGACGACAUCACCAACAUCUGAGACGAGUGCAGACACAACUACUACAGCACCCGAAGAAACAACUACCGAAUCUGAAAGUGUUGAGACAACUGACGAGUCAACUGAUGGACAAAAAUCAACUAAAUCUGAUUUAAGAAAACCAUCGCAACGUACAACUGAACCAACUGUUCAACAACAAGAAGAAGACGAACACGAAGAUGAAGAAGAGGACACACCGAUAGACACAUCGACAUCAAAGCCAGAGAAACCUAAACCUGCGGCGCAGAGGACUAAAGCUCCAACAAAAACCAAGUCUACAACACCUUCAAGUGAUGAACCUAUUGAACAACAACACGAAGACGAUAGCGACAGUGCUUCUGGUGCUCAGCAACAACGGCCCACACAAAGACCUAUAUUUAAACCUAAACCUAAAACAAGUACUACUACUGCAGCACCUGAAAACAGUAGUGAAGAACCAGUUGAACAACAAAAAGUAGGUCAAAUACCUGAAGAUGAUGCACAAGUAGAUCAACAACAACAACAAGAGGAACAGAUACCUGAAGAUAGCAAACAGUCUGCCAAUGAUAAGGAUAGACAGCAAGAAGAAGAACAACAGCAACAACAGAUUCCACAAGAAGAUGAACCACAAGAGCAGCAACAACAACAUGAAGACAAUGAGGAUCAGCAACCAAUACAACAACAACAUGAAGACAAUGAGGAUCAGCAACCAAUACAACAACAACAUGAAGAACAAAUACCUCAAGAACCUGAAAAUCAUCACCGAUUUACAGAACGUCCUCAACAGUCAUCAACAACACCCGUACCACGAGAUGAACAACAACACAUACAACAAGUUACAGAUGACGAGCAGUUACCCGAAGAUAAACCUCCAGUUAGGGGUCGGCCAUCACAGCGACCAACUGAUCCAUUUGAACAGGAAGAUGUAGCUAUGGUUGAUCAUGGAUUUGAUUCAUCCAAUCGCCAAGAUGGACAAUUUAGUCCAAUACCCGAACGUAAUAGACAACCACACGGAGGAGGAGUAGGACAACAAUCUGGUCAAUCAGGCUUUCAGUGCACCGAAGAGGGCUUUUUUAGAGACCCUAACGAUUGUAACGCAUUCUACCGGUGCGUCAAUCAGUUUGGUCUAAAAAGGUUUGACUUCCGGUGCGGCGCUGGUCUUCAUUUUGACGAGAGAUAUAAGGUAUGCAAUUGGCCACAGUCUGCUUAUCCGUCAUGUCAGGGAUCAGGUAGUCAACAACAGCAACAGAGACAACCAUCUAUACCGCAGCAAAAACCAUCGCAACAACCAAUUCAGGAUCAGUUCAUUGAAUACAGUCCUCAAGAGUCGAGGAAUCGAUUGAACAGUGAUAGUCAAGUGCGCGAACCCAACCAACCUGUCAAAGGUGGUACAAAAUCAGGUGAUAGUUCAAAAAAAUCUCCAUCACAACAGGUAAGUCCUCAACAAUCAAAUGGUGCCACAAAAGGACAGACAUCACAACAAUCUACAAAAUCUGUGUCAAGACCUAAACCACCGGUAAAGAGCAGACCACAGACUACUAAUGCUAUCAAACCUUCAACUAACACAAGGGAACCGAUGAAAGAUCAGCAAAAAACCACUGGAAAGAGUCCUACAAAAGGAGGAUCGGGUGCUAAACCUAAACCGGCAACAAAAGGACAAACAAAAAGUAGUGUCAAUAGUGGUAUCAAAGAUAAACCACGAUUUACACCACGCCCUCAACAGCAGCAAAAAGGUGGUAAACAUAUGGACACUACGACUAAAGGCAAUAAACAGAAAAGUCCGGCAAAUGUCGGCCGAAAAACAAAAAAUACCCCAAGAAGUGAACCGAUGAAGAAAGUCGAUAAUCAACAGUCGUCGACACAACAGAAAACUAAACCAAUGUUUAAUCCGAGACCACAACAGAGUGAACGCAUCAAAUCGUCGACUUCGAAGGCAGCGGCGGCGGCACCGGGAGGUCAACGAAAAGCGCAAAAUAAUAAAAAUAAACCGCAAAAGAAGUCUAACGGCGCUCAACAACAACAAACAGCUCAACAGUUUAUUCAACAACAGAGACGCCGUCGUCAGUCUAAAUCGGAUACAUUACGGGACAAGAUUUUUGUGGCACAAGAGUCCCAACGGGUGCUCAAAAAGUUAGAGCCUGUAGCUCAAGACUACUAUCCAUUCAAUAGCUAUAAUAUUGGUUCACAACGGAAAGCAUUUAAAUGUCAAAAAGAGGGUUACUUUAGACAUCCCUCUGAUUGCUCAAAAUUUUACCGAUGCGAUCGUACACCUGUCCUACGUAUGCACGAGUUUGCCUGUCCUCCAGGUCUACACUUUGACCCGAGCAAAGGUCAAUGUAAUUGGCCAAUACUUGUAUCGCCACGUUGUGGUAGUACUGGCCAUAAUACCGGUACUAUUGUCGGGGAUAAACAAGUAGUUAGUAAUCAACUAUUAUUCAGUUCGCCAACAAAUUAUCAAAAUUAUAAUAACUAUAAUAAUAAACCUCAAGAUAUCGUUAGAUUUAAUGAAAGUCCAUUAGAGUCAAGUAAUAGAUUGAUUUAUAGUAAUGGUCCAAAACAUACCGGUGCUCUCUCACAAUAUUGGCCUAAUUAUAGUCAAUAUUGGAAUAAAAAUUUUGGUUAA